CAUGCGACGGCGCAUUUUACAAUCAAGUUCGAAAAUCGAAACAGUGAUUCAAACGGCGUCGUUUCUGGAUAAGUUCCCUGAAGGAGAACGCUACUUCGGCUUCGAGAAUUUCGGCAACACUUGCUACUGCAACAACGUUUUGCAGGCGCUCUAUUUCUGUGUCCCCUUUCGUGAAGAAUUGAUUGAAUACUAUGCAGAUAACAAAAGGGUUGCUGAUGCUGAAGAGAAUCUCUUCACCUGCUUGGCCGACUUGUUUUCACAGAUAAGUUCCCAGAAAAAGAGAACAGGAGUUAUUGCUCCGAAACGCUUUGUGCAGAGGUUGAAGAAGCAAAAUGAGCUGUUCCGGAGUUUUAUGCAUCAGGAUGCACACGAGUUCCUGAAUUAUUUGCUCAAUGAGUUCGUGGACAUAUUGGAGAAAGAAGCACAGUCUACAAAAAAUGAUCAGCAAACAUCGUCGUCUCCUGAAAAGAUUGCGAAUGGACCAAGAGCUCAUACUCCCGAGACAAAUGGGAAUGGUUGUCAGAAAGAGCCUAUCGUUACGUGGGUUCACAAUAUUUUUCAGGGUAUCCUUACAAACGAGACAAGGUGUUUGAGGUGUGAGACAGUGACAGCAAGGGACGAGACUUUCCUUGACUUGAGCCUCGACAUUGAACAGAACAGUUCCAUAACUAGCUGUUUGAAAAACUUCAGUUCCACCGAGACUCUUCAUGCCGAUGACAAAUUCUUCUGUGACAAAUGCUGCAGAAGCACAGAAGAGGAUGAAGAUCAUGAAGCCGCCGAACAUACUAGUCAUACAUCUGAAAAGAUUCAAGUACAUAGAACAGAUGGGUCGGUACAAGUAGCUGUCGUACCGGGUAGUAUUCCCUCUGGAACUGAAACUAAGCAACACAGUGGAAGAAUAUUCAGAAAGAGAGUACUCUCUGUAUGCAGUGGUGGUUCAUGUUGGAAGUGGUCCGAACCAUGGCCACUACGUCAGCCUCGUGAAAAGCCAUGACCACUGGUUUUUCUUUGACGACUAGAGCGUCGAGAUGAUUGAAGAAUCUGCCAUUCAGACGUUCUUCGGGUCAUCACAGGAGUACUCUAGCAAUACCGAUCAUGGUUACAUCUUGUUCUACGAGAGCCUCUGGACUAAUUAAAAGGUUACCAGGAGUCGAUAAAGUUUUUCCCUUUUUCA